AUGUCGGAUGGGCCGGAGAAGCCGGCGGUGGUUCCAAAACAGGAGGUGCCACCAAGGAUGGCUUGGCGUGAUCUGGUGUCCAAGGAUCGCCCACAUGUGGUAUUGUUUGACGGGGAAGAUGAUGGCGACGUUUUGGAUGAUGAUGUAACCACGGAUUACGGUUCCGGAGUACCAGAUCUGUGGAUUAAGAAGAGUUUUUAUACAUCUUGCGUUAAGUCGUGGCAGAAUGUUGUUAUCAAACAGAUGGGUUCAAGAAGACCUCUUGCGGGUUCCAGAUUUGGUGCUUUGGGUGAGAUAAAUGCGGAGGAGUUUGAGGAAAAUCAGGGUUCUCAAGUAGGGAAGGAUUCUCGCAAUGAUAUCCCUUCUGUUUCGGUGGAGGAUAAGGGAAAGGGUGUGCUUGGGCCGAGGGCAGAGUGGCGUACAGUGUGGAAGAAGGAGAAGGGCAAAGAAAGUGUUGGGCCGGGGGAGAGUGCAGGCUUGGAGGAGGUUGUUUUGGUGGAGGAUUUUCAGUUGGAUGAUAUGGAAAUCAUGGAUGAGGUUGCCAAGGAAUUGAGUGGGAUUGUUGGGCUUGCGGCCCAGAAAGACAAAACGGACCUUGCUUACUCUCAACAACAUGUUGUCGUUUGGGCAGCUUCCAAACUAGACCCUUUGAAACAUAGUGCGGUCCAUGUUUUGGACAAUCCCAUUUUUAAUAAUAAUAAUUGUCCUGGCCUCGAUGGUUUCUUUGAUGAUCAGGGUGUUGUUAUGAUGUCGGAGGGGCUGUCACCUGGUGAUCCUAGUGUCACCGUGCCAGUGGAGUGUUGUUAUGAUGCGGCAUAG